AAGAUAGACAACAAUGGGUUGGGCGUUCAAGCAAUUUAUAUGGGCAUUUCUUGCUGUGAGCCUGUUCUUUAAUGACUUAUCUUAUUCUCAUAAAGCUCCAAAGUAUACCUUUGUCAGAGAAGCAACUUCUGCUCCACCAAUCUUAUAUUAUGACUACAUAAUAAUUGGUGGAGGAACAUGUGGGUGUCCACUGGCAGCAACUCUCUCACAAGGUGCCAAAGUUUUAGUCCUUGAAAGGGGAGGUUCUCCUUACAUAAACCCAGAGCAAAUUAACAUAAAGAACUUUGUUAAUACCCUCUCUGACACAAGUCCUUUAUCAUUUGCCCAGCAAUUCAUAUCCAUGGAUGGGGUCCUCAAUGCCCGGGCUCGUGUCCUGGGUGGUGGCUCUGUCUUGAAUGCUGGGUUCUACUCAAGGGCUAGCUUCAGAUACAUAAGGGAAUCAGGUUGGAAUGAAACUUUGGCUAAGAACUCAUAUAAAUGGGUUGAAAAGAAGGUGGUUUUUGAGCCUCCAAUGCUGCAAUGGCAAUCGGCAGUGAAAAAUGGGUUGCUUGAAGUAGGGGUUUUGCCUUACAAUGGUUUUACUUUUGAUCACUUUUAUGGGACUAAGGUUGGAGGGACAAUUUUUGAUAAGGAGGGUAACAGGCACACUGCUGCUGAUUUGUUAGAGUAUGCUGAUCCAAGAAGGAUUUCUGUCUAUCUGCAUGCCACAGUGCAGAAGAUACUAUUUAGGUAUAAUAGAGAGAAAGGGAGGCCACAAGCUUAUGGAGUAAUAUUCAAAGAUGCAUUUGGAAAAAUGCAUGUAGCAUACUUAACCAAGAAAUCCAAGAAUGAGAUAAUAUUAUCAGCUGGUGCAAUUGGAAGCCCACAACUGCUUAUGCUGAGUGGAAUUGGUCCUGCUAACCAUCUUCAGGCUCAUGGAAUAAAAGUGAUUUUGGAUCAGCCCUUGGUUGGUCAAGGUAUGGCAGAUAAUCCAAUGAACGUUCUAGUGGUUCCUUCCCCUCAACCUGUUGAAGUCUCUCUGAUCCAAACAGUGGGCAUCACUAAGUUUGGUAGCUUCAUUGAAACAGCCAGUGGAUUGAGCUUUGGCCAUUCUUGGUCUGAAAGGCUUCAAGGGAUCUUUGAAUUUGUGUCAAACCAGACUGGCCAAACCACCACCAUGCUUCCCCCAGAAGCGAAGGAGAGUGUUGCAGAUACCAUUAGAUCUUUAGCCAAUCCAAUUCUUAAAGGAGGAGUCAUACUUGAAAAGAUUAUGGGACCACGGUCAACGGGCCAUUUGGAGCUACUAACCACUGAUCCCAAUGAUAAUCCAUCAGUUACCUUCAACUAUUUUAAGGAUCCAGAAGACUUAAGGAUGUGUGUUGAAGGCAUGAAAACCAUCAUAGAUGUGAUAAACUCAAAAGCAUUCUCAAAGUUCCGCUAUCACAACAUGCCCGUGGAAGCUCUAAUAGACUUGAUGUUGCACUUGCAAGUGAACUUGAGGGCAAAACAUGCUAAUGCUGCAUUUUCUCUGGAACAAUAUUGCAUAGAUACUGUCCUAACAAUUUGGCAUUACCAUGGAGGCUGUCAACCUGGUAAGGUUGUUGAUCAUAAUUAUAAGGUUAUUGGUGUGGAAGCUUUGAGGGUAAUUGAUGGAUCCACCUUUUAUCGCUCACCGGGGACUAAUCCUCAAGCUACAGUAAUGAUGCUUGGAAGGUAUAUGGGAGAAAAGAUUUUAAAGAAAAGAUUCGGGAGGAAGUGAAGGGAUCAACUGAGUGCAUAUUUUCCAUUGUUCCAUAUGUGAUAUGCACUAGCUUAGUGAUUACCAGACAUUUUCUAAUGAAUGCUCUGUUUAUACGUAGAAAACUAGCAUCGUUUUCUUUUGUAUGAUAU